AUGCUAUCGGACAACCCUACAGCAAACAGACCAGAGAGAAGAACAGCCUUAGUUGCCAGAGAGCUUGCAAGAUACAACAAUGACAUAGCAGCCCUGAGUGAGACUCGUCUUGCCAACGAAGGUCAGUUGACUGCUGGAGGUGGAUACACUUUUUUCUGGAGCGGUCGCGGCACCCAUGAGUGUCGUGAUGCUGGAGUUGGAUUCGCCGUCAGGAGUCACCUUGUUCGGAAACUUGCCGGUCUCCCCAAGGGUGUGAACGACCAGCUCAUGACACUACAGCUUCCACUACAGAACAGAAGUCAAGCCACUCUGAUCAGCGCCUAUGCUUCCACAAUGACCAACCCGGACGAGACGAAAGACAGGUUCUAUGAAGAACUAGAUGCCCUACUAUCAGCAGUGAGCAGCACCAACAAGCUGAUCUUGCUCGGCGACCUCAGUGCAAGAGUAGGGUGUGACUCUGCAGCCUGGCAGGGAGUUGUUGGGAGACAUGGAGUGGGCAAAUGUAACAGUAACAGCCUACUCUUACUGAAGACCCGUGCAGCACACGACCUGCUCGUCACCAACACAACUUUCCGCCUGCCUACCCGUAACAAGACCUCCUGGAUGCAUCCCCGCUCUAAGCAUUGGCAUCUUAUCGACAAUGUCACUGUCAGGAGAAAAGACAGGCAGGAUGUCAGAGUGACCAAGGCCAUGUGUGGUGCUGACUGCUGGGCAGAUCACAGGCUCACCGUCUCUAAAAUGAAGCUCCACAUCAGACCCAAGAGGCGACCACAAGGAAGCAAGGCUAUGAAAAGAAUUAAUGUGGCCAGGCUGAAUAACUCCAGCAUAGCUUCGGCACUGGCUGAAGAUUUAGAAACCAAGCUUGCUGACCUACACCUUGCAGGCAGCGCUGUGGACGACUGGGAUCGCUGGGAUCGCUUCAGGGAUGCUGUGCAUUCAUCUGCACUGAAGAUGCUAGGGUCCUCUACCCACAAGCAGCAUGACUGGUUCGAUGAAAACGAUGAGGAGAUACAGGCUCUACUUGUUGAAAAGCACUGCCUUCAUCAUGCCCAUCAGAACGACCCAUCAUCAGCUGCCAAGAAAAACGCCAUUACCAGUGCUCGCAGGACAGUCCCGAAUAAACUGCAGAAGGCUCAGAUCCUGCAGAGAUGGGCUGAACACUUUGAAGCCGUCCUCAACCGACCGUCAUCUAUUAACGAUGAGGCGACAGACAGGAUUCCCCAGGUCGACAUCAACAGCGCCAUGGAUGACCCACCGGUAGUAGCUGAAGUCACGAAAGCUGUCAGCCAGCUAUCCAGUGGCAAAGCCCCAGGGCAGACGCCAUACCUGCAGAGAUCUACAAAGCCGAAACUUAAAGAUGUAUCCAUCGUACACCUCUACAAGAGGAAGGGCAAUCAACAAGUAUGCAACAACCACCGAGGAAUGUCACUGCUCUCCAUCGCAAGAAAAACCCUUGCAAGAGUCCUGCUAAAUCAUCUGGCCACACAUCUGGAGCUGCGCCUGCUGCCAGAAUCACAGUGUGGCUUUCGCAAAGGUCGUGGGACUAUUGACAUGAUUUUUGCCGCGCGCCAACUUCAGGAGAAGUGUCAGGAGCAGAAUCGCAAACUCUACACAACUUUUGUUGACCUCACGAAAGCCUUCGACACCGUCUGCCAACAAGGCCUGUGGGUGAUCAUAUCAAAGUUCAGCUGCCCCGCCAAAUUCAUUCAGCUGGUACGCCAGUUCCAUGAUGGCAUGAUAGCCAGAAUGCUGGACGGCGGAGGAUCCUCUGAGGCGUUCCCAGUCACCAAUGGCGUCAAACAGGGCUGUGUGCUCGCACCCACACUGUUCAGCAUGAUGUUUACUGCCACGCUGAAUGAUGCCUUCCAGGACAAACCCAAAAUCACAACCAAUGGACAGAAACUACAGGCAGUGGACCAGUUUACUUACCUUGGCAGCAGCCUCUCCCGAGCAGUGACUAUUGAUACAGAAGUUAACUGCAGAAUAGCAAAGGCAAGUUCUGCUUUCGGUAGACUGCACUCCACUGUAUGGGAAUGUCGAGGAAUCAGUCCAGCAACAAAACUGAAGGUCUACAGAGCCGUGGAACUCACUACCCUCCUGUAUGCCUGUGAAACAUGGACUGUGUAUCGAAGGCAUGCAAGACAGCUCAACCAUUUCCACAUGACUUAUCUUCACAGAAUAUUAGGCAUCAGAUGGCAAGACAAAGUACCAGACACUGAAGUUCUCUCUAGAACAAGUCUACCAUCAGUCCACACACUGCUGAUGAGAGCACAGACCCGGUGGGCAGGUCAUGUCAUCCGCAUGCUGGACGAGCGCAUACCCAAGCAGCUCCUUUUUGGGGAACUCUCUGCUGGAAGACGCUCGCAUGGAGGGCGGUGCCUGGUUGACGGACGGCAGAGGGUAAGAACAGGCGCGACCGUGGAGGCCGGUUCGCCCGAAUCCUGGGUGAGUCUGCGGGACUCCGUAGCGACGUUGCGAAGACGCGGACUGGAUACUCACUCGGCGCCACUGGAUGGCCCACGACCCGGCGCCGGUCCACGGCGACAGCUCACGGCGCACAGGCCUAGGCUGGUGGCGGUGUGGCGUAGCGUCGCCACGCUACGCUGGGACGUCACUAGGCCCACCCUGCACUGA